AACAAACAGAGCGCAUGAAAGUUAUGUGCAGCUGUAACGCAGCGUAACUUAUUGGUUACUAUAAUACCGAAAAUGGUAUAUUUCGUGUAGUUCAUAUAAUACAAAUUUCGAAUGGCGUUCAAUUAUGCAAAUUUGGCUGAUAAUAUGUUACCAGUUUUUGGGAGUAUGCCAAGCGGCGUCGGCUUGCCAAAUCAUCCGAAUUUUAUUAAUCAAUUGGCGGCUGCUAUUAAUACCGCCACGGUGGGCGUUCCCACGCCUACGGCAACAAACAGCAGCAGCGCAUCGGCGCAGACAACCACUCCGCUCAAAACAGUAGCCAGCAAGUUAAAGACACACAAUGCGCAGGGCAGCGCUCCAAUGGAUUUGGAAAAUGAUAACGAGCUAGAAAACUCAGAUACCAUGGCGCCUGGCAAACCAGCGGAUAAACUACCUGGCACAACUCUGUCCCUCCCCGACGCCCAGCAACUCUAUUUAAAUGGUCUGAUGCACACGCCACCGGGAUAUUUGUACUUUCCUACCGCACAGACCGCAGCCGGCGCUACAGGUGGCAACACACCUUCCUCAGCAAAUGCAUCUAAUGCUAAUGCGCAAAUGCUGUUGGAUCCCUCCGCGAUGAUGGCUGCAAUGCAACAGAUGCAGCAUAACUAUGCAGCGGCGGGCUAUGUGGCCGCAGCGACAGUUGCUGGCAUGCCAACUGAUGGGUCGGGAUCGGGUAUAGAUGGCACUUUAGCAGCUGACGGCACAGCCACUGCAUCUGGUCUGAAGGACGUCAUUAAAACCAAGAAUUGCAUAUUAUUCCCACCCAAUCCGAAUGCACCGCCGCCCACUAUACGCGAACGUCCGCCCGGCUGUCGAACUGUGUUUGUGGGCGGCCUGCCAGAGAACAUAACGGAAGACGUUAUUCGUGAGAUAUUUGAAUCGUGUGGCGAAAUCACCACGCUACGCAUGUCGAAGAAGAACUUUUGCCAUAUACGCUACCGGCAUGAGUCAGCCAUAGAUCGUGCCAUUUAUUUGUCCGGCUACCGUUUACGCAUCUCUAGCUUAAAUGAGCCUCCCAAUUUUGGACGCCUGCACGUGGACUAUGCUCAGGCACGAGACGAUCAAUACGACUACGAAUGUAAGCAGCGUCAGCUACAGCGGGAACAACGUCAUCGGGAGCGCAUGUCGCUGGAUCGCAUGCGUUCGCAAUCGCCACCACCAAUUCCGCAUUAUACGGAUCAUGAGGCCACCGCUGUGGCGGAGCAUCUGCGAAAUAACGAGACGUUUGUGAAGGCCAUACAAACGAUUACCGCCUGGCUGGAACGUGGCGACUGCACCAAGCGCAAUGCGAACGUCUUUUACUCAAUGAUUCAGAGCACGCAUGCUCAUGUGAGGCGCCUGCAUACCGAUAAGCAGCAGCUGGAGGAGGAUCUGCGGAAGGCGCGCGAAUGCUAUCGCAAGCAAAUGGGCACCAUGUCCACACAAUUCACUCAGAUUGAAAAAGUGUUCAAUGCCGCUAGUCACAAGAAGGUUUGGGACCAUUUCACCAAAGCCCAAAGAAAAAACAUCGACCAAUGGAAGAAAUUAGCGACGGAACUGCGCACGGUCCAAAUCGACGAUGAUGAAAUGGAAAUCUCAGAUGAUGAGCGCGACUAUGAGAGGCGCAGCAAACGCACCCGCUACGACAGCGAUGGACUCAAGGAUGAGAACGACUCGCUCCGCUGUCAAUUGGAGGCCAUACGCAAUGAGAUGUCGGUAGACCGCAGCGACUGUGUGCAGCGGGAGAAGCAAAUCAAGGUGCUGCAAGAGACCAUACGCAACAUGCAGACGCAGCUGUUGCAGACGAAGCUGCGCGAGCAGAAGGACUGCAAAACCAUCGAGCACCUCGAACGGAAUCUCAAGGAAGCGGGCGUCAAACAGCUGCUGCUCAAGACCAAAAUCAAGGAGACUGCGGAUAAGCUAAAAGACAAGGAAGCCUACAGCACCAGCGUUUCAAAUGCUUCCAAUGUCGAUUACAGCAGCGGCGACUCGUGCAGCAGAAAUGCGGAUGAUCUCAGGCCGACGGAAAAGAAGGACACAGCGCUGGAGCUAGAAAUAAUUGAUAUUGAUAAAGUGGACGACGAUGUGCGCAUUAUUGAGCAUCAAAGCGGCGUGGUCGAAAUUCAUGAAAUCGAGGACGAUGAGAAAUCGGAACCAGCUCCAGAGCCAAAUAAAGUUGUUGAUGAAGCCAAACAAUUGCCCAUAGCCGAUCCAUGCCCUAAUUCUAACAACGUGGAAACAGUCGUGCAAACAGCUGCACCAUUGCCCACACAAAAGAGCAACUUCAUGUCGCUGGCGCUUGGUGAAGCCAAGAUAAUAGCGUUGACUUCCGCAUAUCUGGUGCUGCAUCCCCAUGGCGUCGACAUUGCCAGCAUUGCCAGCUAUCUGCGUGGAAUGCUCCUUAAGUCGCUGGAGCUGAAGAGCACCGAUGAACUUGCGACUAUACUCACAAAAUAUACAAAUCUCUUUAAGUCUGAGCAGUCAAAGUGGAGUUUCUGUGGUUUUACCGACGACGAACCUUUGGAUGCAAAUGCAAUUGAGGCGCAAUAAACCACAGGCGUUAACAAAACCGAAAACAAUUUAAUGCUUUAACUAAGUUACGACUAUUCUAUGCCUAUUGCUAAGGGUGGAGCGCCAAGUGACAUGUUAACCAAAAAUGUGAUUGUUGCAAUCACAUAAAUGAGACCAGUUUUCUAAGAGUAGGAACUUCUAUUUAACUUAAGAUACACAGAUAAAACAAUUAAAACAACAACAACAAAGAA